AUGGAUUUGAGAAUGAAAGACAAUGAUGAGCCAUUUAUUGAAGAAGGUCCUGAGCCUGGAUCCAUUUGGGGUUUAGUGUUCGAUGGUGCUGUCAACGCAUAUGAACAUGGCAUAGGGGUUAUAAUUAUUACUCCUCGAGGUUCACAUAUACCUUUCACAACAAGGUUAGAUUUUGAUUGCACCAAUAACAUCGCAGAAUACGAAGUAUGUAUCCUUGGUCUGGAAGAGGCCAUUGAUAUGCGUAUCAAAUUUCUUGAAGUGUUCGGUGACUCGGCUCUUGUCAUCAAUAAAAUUAAAGGAGAGUGGGAAACUCGUCACCCGGGUUUGAUCCCAUAUAGAGAUUAUGCUAGAAGACUGUCUACUUUCUUUACUAAAGUAAAAUUCUAUCACAUCCCUCGAGACGAGAAUCAGAUAGCAGAUGCUCUUGCUACACUGUCCUCCAUUUAUCGGGUGUAUAUACAUAGAGAAAUGCCUUCCAUCACUAUCCACACACGUGAUAAACCCGCUUAUAUCUUCAAUGCCGAAGCUAUAUCAUAUGAGAAACCAUGGUUCUACGAUAUUACGUGUUUUCUUGAAAAGCAAGAGUACCCGCUUGGGGCGUCUAGAAGAGAUAAGAAGACCUUGAGGUGUUUGUUAGCUAAUUUUUUCUUGAAUGAGGAGGUGCUCUAUAAAAGAAACUUUGACAUGAUCUUGCUCAUAUGUGUGGACAGACACGAAGCACACCAAUGGACAUUCUACAGCAAGAAAGGUGCCCAGAGUUGGUUAUUAUUGGCUAACUAUGGAGUCAAAUUGCUACGAGUAUGCUAG